CUCUGUGUGACGCUCCACGGAGGAUCGGGAGCUGCUCUCUGUUGCAGAGGAAUGUCGCUGCUGUGUGUGUCUGUGUGUGUGUGUGUGCGCGUGUGUGUCGGGACCACAGACUGGAUGGAGGUCUGACAGACGCUUCUGAGUAGAAGAUGUCGGGAUUGCAGUUUGCUGUCACGUCAGAGAACCAUGAUGCUUAUAACAACAUGGUAGUUCCUUCCACUGCUGACUGUCAAGCAAGAACAAUCGUCCAGGUCUAAGGAAACAGCUGCUUCAUUCAGAGACAAUACUGAGUAAUUCGGCAUCAGAUUUGCUUCUAAGCAUGGACCCUUAAAUUCCUCAGCUAUCAGCACACACUGGUACUCUAUACCGUCAGUUGUGGUGUGACAAAUUGUUCGGGGAGUUCCACUUUACUAUCGCUCGUUUCUGUACAAGCUUGUGAAGCGUCGUGAAGAUGUUUUCUGCGCUGAAGAAGCUGGUGGGAUCUGAGCCAGGCCAGCUCAGGGACAAGAAUAUUCCAGCUGGCCUGCAGUCGAUGAACCAAAGUCUGCAGAGGCGCUUCGCCAAGGGGGUUCAGUAUAAUAUGAAAAUAGUCAUCCGGGGUGAUAGAAACACUGGAAAGAGUACUUUAUGGCAUCGACUGCAGGGCAAGAAGUUUGUGGAGGACUACAUACCCACUCAGGAGAUCCAAGCCACAAGCAUCCAUUGGAAUUACAAAACUACUGAUGAUGUGGUCAAGGUGGAGGUUUGGGACGUGGUGGACAAAGGCCAAAAAUAUCCUCUUCCUGAAGGUGUAGGAAAAGGCAAGAGGCGAGGAGACAACUUGAAACUGGAGAAUGAGCCCCAAGAGUCAGAUGAGGUGGCCCUGGAUGCCGAGUUCCUGGACGUAUACAAGAACUGCAAUGGAGUCAUCAUGAUGUUUGACAUUACCAAGCAGUGGACAUUUAACUACAUCCUGAGGGAACUGCCCAAAGUACCCACCCAUGUGCCGGUGUGUGUUUUGGGAAACCACAGGGACAUGGGCGAGCAUCGUGUCAUCCUCCCUGAUGAUAUAAGGGACCUGAUUGCUGGACUGAACAGACCAAUGGGAUCCUCUUAUAUCCACUAUGCUGAGUCGUCUAUGAAGAAUGGCUUUGGCUUGAAAUACCUGCACAGAUUUUUCAACAUCCCCUUCUUGCAGCUACAGAGAGAGACCCUCCUGAGGCAGCUGGAGACCAACCAGCUGGACAUGGACGCCACCCUGGAGGAGCUCUGUGUCCAGCAGGAGACUGAGGACCAAAACUAUGAGAUUUUCCUUGAGAACUUGGAGACUCGCAGUAAGAACUAUGGCUCUCCUGGUCCAGCCAACGGUUCCUCCUCAGGCUCCCAGUCCCCCAUCGUCCCUCCCAGUGGUGCCUCCACUGGCAGCUCCAGCCCCAGCACCCCUCAGCCCCCCAUCCCCUCCCAAGUGCUCCCACAGUCACCGUCUGUGUCAGUGUCCUCUCCUCCACCUCCCACAGCGGUGGUUAGCGCAGCAGCUUCACCAACUGCUGAGGUAAAACCAUCAGCUCAGUCUCCCGAACAUCAACAGUCCUCAGCAGCAUCUAGUGCAUUGUCCUCCCAGAAACGUGGCUUCAUCUCUCGCUGGUUUGGUUCAUCACCUGCUGCUGAUGCUCCUGUUCCUGCGUCAGAGGACCCUGCUGCACCAGUGUGUCCUGCUAAGGUUCAGAGUGUGGAUGAUUUUGUGCCAGAUGAGAGACUGGACAGGAGUUUCCUUGAGGACAGCCUGCCCUCGAAAAACAAGGGGCCUCAACCUGCACCAGCUCGAGCUGUGGACAGUGACAGUGAUGGUGAAGGCAGAGGAAACCCCAUGGUGUCUGGUUUCCAGGAUGAGCUUGAUCCUGAUGACACUGAGCCCAGUCUUCCUCAGCCUAAGACCCUACCCCCCAGUAAAGAUAUCACUCUAACCAGUGACGAGGAGGAGGGAGUACCAGCAGCCCUCACCAUCACACAGGACCAAGACCUGGACAGUGAACCUGACCUGAAGGCGCCUGUGAUUCAUAUCACAAAACCAAAGGUGGCAUCUAAAGCUCCAGAGCCCAGAGGUCAGACCACAGCGCCCAUCUCCCUCACUUUAAUCCCAGCAACAGAGCAGCCGGCCCGACACCAAGGCAAGAAGAAGGCAAACACACCCAAGGCUGAAGACUCUGACACAGACCCCGAGGCUCCUGUCGCCCAGCAAAUGCUCUCUUUCAUCAUGGAUGACCCCGACUUUGAGUCUGAAGCAUCAGACACACCAAAAAUAGCAACGGAUGCAUUUCCAAUCAGGGAUGAGCUCCUGUCCGACCUCUCUGAUGAUGACAUGCAGAUAGCCAAAGUGCCAGAACCUCUGAAGCCCACUGUGAUCUCCUUUAAACAAAAGGACGAUACCGAUCUGUUUGGCCUCGGCAUCCAAGAGGAGGCUCCGGCAGUAAAGGACAGCAGCGAGGAACAGGAAGAGAAAGAAAGCAAAUACUCAAAAGAGAAGAAGAAAAAGAAGAAGAAGAGCAAAGAGGAGGAUGAUAAAUCCAAGAAGAAACACAAACACAAGAAAAAGGAAAAAGACGAUGCUGCUGCAGAAGAUGACAAAGAGAAAGAGAAAAAGAAAAAGAAACCCCGGACCAAGAAAACAGAAGUGGAUGAACUGGAGGACUUUCUGGGCGGAGGAGCAGGAUUGAUUAAAAGAGAUGACGGAGAUUAUGAAGAACUAUAAAAGUUUUAUUAGGAAAUGGAGCCACUGAACAGCAACGAGGGACAUGGUUAUUUAAAAACUCCUGGUUCCUUGACUUGUAUGUGCAUAAAGCAGCAUCUCCAAGCCAUACGCAAUACGCAAGGCUACCAUCAACACCCAGGUAAAAUCAAGGACUCUGGUACCUGUAUGUUCCUUCUGACUGAUUUUCCUCAUCUGCACAUCUGCUGUCACUUCCAUUCUAACCAGUAAGAAAAAGCAAGGACGCCCAUAAGUACGGUAGUGAGCUGUGGCGUAAAAAUUAAUAAUUUGUUCUUUUUACUUUAACAUGAUUGAAUAUGUUGGGUUUAAUAUUUUUCUUUGAUGCGUUCUCCAAGUGAUCCACUCCAAAUUAGCUGCUGUAAAUAAGGUUGUCAUUGUGUCUUAGUGUUUGUGUGGUUGGCGUAAUAAUUGAGAGCAUGCUCAAAGUGAUGACUGACUCCUUAGGGACUCCAUAUUGUUCAUUAUUUUUUUCUAUUUCCUGUUUGUUGGCUGAAAUGGGUUUAAGCAGUUCUUUAGUCUAGUCUCUCUAAAUAUGAGCAGUGAAGAAGAGUCCAGAGUGAUUUGAUAUGAGAAUCUUGUUGAUUACUAACAGAGGAAAUGACUUCUCCUCUUUGUUCACACUAAGCCGGCUCCAUUUUUUUCUCUCCUUUGCUCCUUUGUCCACACUAAACCCAUUUUUAUCCAAAAGAUUUGCUUUCUCAAACAUUUGAUUAAUCUUGAGACAUCUGAGUGUAGACUGACGUGCUGUGGCUGUGUGGUAAAGAAGUCAAGAAGACACAUUUCACUUGCCUUUAUCUCUGUGAUGACCUUUUUUUAAUUGACACAGAUUGUCAGAAGGCUGCUUGGUCGGACUUUCUCAUGGUAAUAGUGAUUGCACUAACUUUUAGGGUGAGCAGAACAGGAAAUACCAUCAGGUACUUUUUACAAACCACGAUCAAUUCACUGUUUACAUUCAGAAAAUAAAAAUCCACAAAAACGAGGUGAAUCAUGAGCUCAGUUCUAUUUACUUCCAUUUACGGCUGGCAUUCAAGUAGAUAUCCUAUCUCCUAUAGCCAAGGAGGUUGUUUUUCGUCUGAAUUUGUUUGUUUGUCUGUUGGUUAGCAGGAUUACACAAAAACUACUGGAUGGUGGAAGGAUGUGGCAUGGGUUAGGAGAGAAGGCAUUACAUUUUGGUGUUGAACAGGGACAAGAUCCCAGGUUUUUUUUCCAAUUAAACUUUAAAGUUACAAGAUGCAGGAUUUUUCAACUUUAUCAUAGAUUUGUUCGAGAAUAAUUCAUGCAUUUUAAUGGACACAUUAAAGACGUGUUCAGGGGACUGAUAUCUAUAAGCGUGUGCGAUUGGGUGCAGAUCCAAAUUUGAAUUUGGUUUCAUUAGGAGACUUUUGGGCCCUGAUGGAUGUAUGUGCUCUACUGUGUGUCAGUCUAGUUUUGUAUUGGCCAGACUGUAUGUGGCGGUGGUCAGGCUCAGACUGUUAGUGGAUCUCAGUCAGGCACUGUCAUGUUUCCAUGAUGUCUCAGUGUGAAUGGAGAUGUUUUACAAAAGCCCUAACGUGGACAGCAUUUUAGAAAUUAGCUGGCUUAGUGUGGAUCUAGUGAAACUAAUAACAGUCUCUAGCCCAGCGUUGGCCUUUGUCACCACCUGAAGCUUCUUUGGCUGCUACGAACUAUCUUCCUGCCCUGCGCCCUGCCCUCCUCUUUGCCACGCUAAACAGGCUACAUAUUCUACAAGUCCUCUUCAUGUUUUCUGCUGUUGCCUUGAUGGAGGUUACUACAAAGGACUGGUGUGCCGCUCUCCUCAUGAACCAUUAUUAAGUGUUCUUAAUGUAAACGAUUUGGUUAUUGGUGGGGUUAAGAAUGUCCUAAAGCCUUUUUAUUUGCUGAACAGAAUCUGUCCUCCUGUUGUAAGAUUGCAGUGAAUCACUACGUGUGUUUGUCUUUUUCUUUACUUUUGUUUGAUUCUCAGCAGACAAUAACAACAACACCAUUCUUCUAAACAAAGUAUUAUUUUUCUGUAAGUGCAACAUUUCCAAAACACUCAUGUCAUUGUUUUAUUCUUGUGUUAUUUAUUGCUUUGGCUUUGUUGUUGUUCUGACAUGUCAGUUUUGUUUGUGUGAUUUGUUCUGUCAUCAACAGUCGAAAACAUCAUGUAGCUUUUUUUAUGGCGUACCCUUGUUCACAUUUGUGAACCUUGUCUUGUAAAACAUUCUCCAGCGGUUUGUCUCCAGUGCUUUUGGGAGGAAAAAUACAGUGAUAUGAACUUCUGCUCUUCUCGUGUGUAACUUCUUUUGUCCAGACGCCUCAAACCGUGGCUGAGACGGAGAUUACGUUUAGUAUCUUCCAUGAACUGCAUCACCAAAAUGUUUCAAAUGAGUAAAGCAUUCUUGCACCUAAGAAAAAUAAUGUGUAUUUUUAGACCUGUUUUGACAAGUGACAGAUUUCAUACAUUUUCCAUCUCCCAUACACAUGGUUACACUGUUGGUUUACAAAGAAAUAAUGUUUGAUAUUCCAAAGUUGAAACUAUGCAGCAUUGAUCCUGAAUACUGUACGCUGUUUGUUUGUUUUGUUUUUUUCGGGGGGGGGUUGGUUUGUCAUGUGAUUGAGGAUAAAUGCUGAUAGCAGUUUCAAGCUAAGCAUGACACUUAAAUGUACAGUAAAAAGAGAAUGUAUAAAGUAUAUAAAUAUAUAUUCGAAGAGCUUUGUUCCAAAAUGUUGUCUACACCAUGCGGGAACAUUGUCCCUGAAAUCUUAUCAAAUGAUUUUAACAGGAAAGUUCCAGAAGGGACGUGAUAAUAAAAUCAUGUUAACUAAAGUAAUAAUUCACUAAUAUUAUACACUCAGUUGUCAGUUUGCACAUGUCUAUAUAACUACAACUUUUGCAGUCUUAAUGGACUUUAUAGUGAUGAGUUUGUGUGGAUAUAUAAAGAGGUGAUGAUUCAACUGUAGAAUAAUAUCAGUCAUCAGUUUGUGAGAUGCUGUUGAACUACAUUGUAUUAUGCUGACAGGUAUUCCUAUAUUAUUAUAUCCAUUAUAUAGUAAUGAAGUGACACAGCAGCACCGAUUACAUCCUCUUAAAAUGAUAUCUUCAUGGAGGAAUGUUGUGUUAGACUGUUAGUUUUAGCAAGGUGUUGCUAUUAAACUGCCAGCUGAGUGUAUAUUAGAAAUACUACAUUUUGGAUAUUGUUUUCUGCAUGGAUGUAUGAUAUUUAGGAAUGAAAUUCUUCAUUUAAUUUUCACCCCAUGACAUUUCUCAUCUUUACACUGUGUGUCAGUUUGCUCAUGUUUGGUUUGUCCAAUAAAUGCAAACUUAUUUCUUCAUAAA